UAUUGUGUAAGGACACAUACAUGAACCCUUCCUCAGGUUUGACCCUCCAAAUUUUUUUAUGUCUUAGCUUGCCCCCAGCUGAUGUUAUCACUAGAUAAACAACCACCUAUACCCCAUAAACCAAUCCGCACAUAGUCAGCGGAGAGAGAGAGAGAGAGAGAGAGAGAGAGAGAGAGGUCAACGGAACCCUCAGAAGCAGAAUAGGAGAAAACAAAUGGAGAAAGCCAGAGCAGACCAAUUCCCAUGCCACCAGAGCUGCCUUCAUCAAACACAUAUCUUACUCCUCUCUGUUUGUAAAUCAAUCAUUCUUCUGCAUGGAAACAAUCUUAUUCUUCUCCACUUGUUUUUUGCUUUAUGCUCUUGCAUCUGGUUCUUCUUUCAAAGAACUCAUAUACCCAAAUUUUACUGCCUCAAACCUUCAAUUUGUUGAAGGUUCAGGCAGCUUUUUUUAUUCACACAAUGGAACUUUCAAAGCUGCUAUCUUCAAUCCUGGAACCCAGCAGUCCAACUUUUAUUUGUGCGUCAUUCAUGUGGCUUCUAACACAAUCAUUUGGUCUGCCAAUCGAGAUUCUCCUAUCUCUAAUUCUGGUCAAAUGAUGCUUACAACUGAAGGAAUUGCAAUCGCUGAUCGAUAUGGCAUUCCCAAAUGGUCAACUCCACCGUUACGAUCAGCGGUAUAUGCACUACUCCUUGCUGAGACUGGAAAUCUUGUUUUGCUUGACCACUUCAAUAGUUCACUUUGGGAGAGCUUCCACAACCCAACAGAUACAAUUGUGAUGGGACAAUAUCUACCGGUUGGGGCAUUCUUGUCCAGUUCGGUGUCUAAUGAUGACUUGUCCAUGGGUGAUUACAGGUUUAUCAUUACUGGUUCAGAUGCAAUCCUCCAAUGGAAUGGACAAACAUAUUGGAAAUUAUCAAUGGAGACAAAGGCUUAUACAAAUUCAAAUUAUGUAGCCGAAUAUAUGACAGUAAACAGAACAGGCCUGUUUCUAUUUAGUCGCAAUGGAUCGGUGGUUGUAAUUCAAGUGAACUUGUCACCAUCUGACUUCCGGAUUGCCCAGUUGGGUGCUUCUGGUCAGUUUAUAGUCAGAAGCUUUUCUAAUGGUGAUUGGGAAACAGAAUUCUUAGGCCCAGUUGAUAGUUGUCAAAUUCCUUUCAUCUGUGGCAGCAUCGGAUUGUGUAAUGGGGACAGUACAUCUAACACACCAACUUGUUCAUGCCCACUAGACUUCCAUGGAGGUUCACAGAAUACAAGUGGUUGUGUACCAAACGAUAGCUCCUUUUCUUUGCCGCAUGCUUGUGACUCAGCCGAUAAGGAUACUCAGUCUAAUUUGUCAGAUUUUUCAUAUUUGACGCUUGGUGAAGGAAUUGGUUACUUUGCAACUGAGUUCAAUACACCUGUAAAAUUUGGUGUAAAUUUAUCAGUUUGUCAGGAUUUCUGCACUGGUGACUGCUUGUGUUUAGGAGUUUUUUAUGAAAAUUCUUCAGGCUCUUGCUACGCACUUGAAAAAGAAUUGGGCUCCGUAAUUUGGAGCAAUUCAAUUGAAGAUGAUAUGCUGGCGUAUAUUAAGGCUCUGGUUCAAACUUCUCCGACACCUUCAAAUGGUAACAACAAUGUUGAUGAUCAAGGACAAAAUUUUCCACUAGCUGCUCUGGUUCUCUUACCUUUUACUGGAUGCUUUCUUGUUGUUGCUUUUGGUUUUCUCUGGUGGAGAAGACAGAGACUGUUCAAGAGUCAUGAGUUAAAACUACGUCAACGAAACUCGCUAUCUUCACGAGACUUGGAAAACUUCUUCAUCCCUGGUUUGCCAAAGAAGUUCAAGUAUGAAGAGCUUGGGCAAGCUACUGAUAACUUUAAGACCUUGAUUGGAUCAGGAGGGUUUGGUGCCGUUUACAAGGGCACAUUGGCUGACAAAACACUUGUGGCAGUAAAGAAAAUUACUAAUUUAGGCAUUCAAGGGAAUAAAGAUUUCUGCACUGAAAUUGCAAUUAUCGGAAAUAUUCAUCAUGUCAAUCUGGUCAAAUUGAUAGGGUUUUGUGCCCAAGGGACUGAACGCCUGCUGGUUUACGAGUACAUGAAUCGUGGCUCUCUAGAAAAGACCAUCUUUGGUUCUGGCCCAGUCUUAGAGUGGCAAGAAAGGUUUGAUAUAGCACUAGGAACUGCUCGUGGGCUUGCAUAUUUGCACGGAGGGUGUGAACAAAAAAUCAUUCAUUGUGAUGUCAAACCAGAGAACAUUCUCUUGCAUGACCAUUUUCAACCAAAGAUCUCUGAUUUUGGGCUGUCAAAGCUUCUAAGCCCUGAGCAGUCCAGUUUAUUCACUACAAUGAGAGGCACUCGUGGCUAUCUUGCACCUGAAUGGCUUACAAAUUCAGCAAUCUCAGAGAAAACCGAUGUUUACAGCUUUGGAAUGGUAAUUCUUGAACUUGUGAGUGGAAGGAAAAAUUGCUCAUUACGUUCACAAAGCCAUAGCUUGGAUCACAAUAAUAGUGCUGGAGGCCAGUCAAUAUUGUCAUCAGGGUCUGGGCUCGUAUAUUUCCCGUUGUUUGCAUUGGAAAUGCAUGAACAAGGGAGAUACUUGGAGCUUGCUGACCCGAGGCUUGAAGGGCGGGUGACAAGUGAAGAUGUGGAGAAAUUGGUUCGCAUUGCUUUGUGUUGCGCUCAUGAAGAACCGGCAUUGAGGCCAAGUAUGGCCAGUGUUGUUGGAAUGUUGGAAGGUGGGAUCUCCUUAGGUAAGCCAAGACUGGAGUCUUUGAAUUUCUUGCGUUUCAUUGGGCGUAGGUUUACUGAGGCUUCCACAAUAGAAGAGGAGAAGCAGCAGAGUGUUAUCAUCUUGUAUCCCCAAGCAGAUACUUCUCCAAUAAGCAUAACAAGUGGCUCGCGUGCUUGUUUAUCUUAUAUCUCCUCACAACAGGUCUCCGGCCCAAGAUAGAGAGGACUGGCCUAUAUUCUAAUGGUCUAUAUAUAGUUCAGUCCGCAUGAAUGGAAAUCCACAAAUGUAUCUAUUACUUAUUUUUAUUGCAUUAUAUUCGAAUCGGUAGGUGAUAAUUUUUGCAUUUGACAUGGAGCUUGAUGUCGACUGAAUGUGAAUGACUAAGUUUGAAGUUUAUUUCCCUUUUGAAGUGAAUAAAUGGAGUUCAUAUUACCCUUUUUCUCCCA